AUGUUUACGUGGAGAUGGGAGCGAGCAGAGGCCGCUGGUAACACUGCGCAUUGCUGUGUGUGCAGGGGCCGGCAUGGACGAGGAGGAGCAGGAGAGGAAGAGGAAGCUGGAGGCCGGCAAAGCCAAGCUUGCCCAGUUCCGGCAACGCAAGGGACAGACUGAUAGCCAGAAUACAGCCAAGAAGAGCAAGAAGAAGAAGACGUCCUCCAGCUCCAAGCAGCGCGACAACUCUGAACUAGUGUCAGAAGCCGGCUUGUCCCAGAGAGAUGACGUCCUGUCCCAGACCGCUCCUGGUGGAGCAGCCACCACUGCCGAGUUCACCAUUAUGAGAACGCUGCCCCAGGGGGAAAUGAUUCAGCAUGACAAGACUUACACCAUAGAGCCUGAGAGUGAAGUUUCCACCACCGCUGAGGAUUAUAGUUCUGAGGUAGUUGAUGGCGGCUUUCCGUUACUGACCAGCAGCUCUGCACACGUACUAUGGGAGGAAGAAUUUGGGGUCCGGGAGACUUAUUCCGAACACGGCACCCAGAGUUCUCAGGCGCGGCUGGAGGUGAUGGAGGAUGAACUGGCCGGGAAGCAGCACGAGAUCGAUGAGCUGAACAGAGAGCUGGAGGAGAUGAGGGCAGCGUACGGCACGGAGGGGCUUCAGCAGCUUCAGGAAUUUGAAACUGCCAUAAAGCAGAGAGACGGGAUCAUCACCCAGCUCACCACCAAUCUCCAGCAGGCGCGGAAGGAGAAAGAUGACAUCAUGAGAGAAUUCCUGGAGCUUACGGAGCAAAGCCAGAAGCUGAAGAUCCAGUUCCAACAUCUACAGGCAGGCGAGACCUUGAGAAAUACCAGCCACUCCAGUACCGCGGCAGAUCUCCUGCACUCGAAGCAACAAAUACUCACCUAUCGGCAGCAGCUGGAUGACCGGGACCACCACCUCAGUCGGUGCCAGAAGGAGAAUGAGGACUUGCGGACACAAGUUAUGUCCCUGCAGGAUCAGAUUCACAGUUUACAACAGGAGCAGCAGAGAGAACUUGAAUCAUCCUAUGAACAAAGACUGACUGAGAAGGAUCUGGUUGUUGAUAGCCUAAAAUCAGCAUUGCACAAUGAAGAAAUCAAGUGCGCAGAACUGCAAGAGAGAAUAUAUGCGGCUGAGAAAUCUGUCGAUGAACUGCGAGAACAAUUAACCCAGAAGAGCCUGGAAAUAAAUAGUCUCUUCGAAGAGCUAAACACUUCCAAACAAAGAGAGAGGAGAUCCUCAGACGAAAUCAAGCAGUUAAUGGGCACUGUGGAAGACCUUCAGAAAAAGCAUCAUAAAGACAAUCAGUCGGAGGCAGACCUCGUUCAGCGAAUGGAAUCGGAGACACAAAGAAAACUGGAGCAGCUUCAGGCUGAGCUAGACGAGAUGUACGGCCAGCAGAUUGUUCAAAUGAAGCAGGAGCUGGUCAAGCAGCACACAUUAGAGAUCGAGAAGCUUCUUGAGCGGCACAGGCAAGAACUGGACAACAUCUCUAGCCAGACAACCACCAACGUGACCAGUGAACGAAUCAAUGAACUUAAUGCUGUCAUUAGAGAGUUAAAUGCCAAGCUCCUACAGUCGGAUGAGCAGAAGAAGAAAAUGAGAGAAGAAUUAGCCAAGACACUGGAGGUUGUCUCAUCGGAGAAAUCCCACCUGCAAAAUCAAAUUGAAGAUCUUCUACAGGACCUCACUUUUGCCAGGGAACAGAUCCACAAAGCCAAACAAAGCCUUACCGAUAAGGAAAACAAACUCAAUGAAGCCAACAGUUUCUUGACCACUGUUGACAGCCUCAAGGCAGAACUGAUUGCCGUCAAGGAAUUUACCAAAGAAUUAGAAUCUAAACAUGAAGCUGAGGUAACGAAUUACAAAAUUAAGUUAGAAAUGUUAGAAAGGGAGAAGGAUGCGGUGCUAGGUAGGAUGGCGGAGUCCCAAGAGGCAGAGUUAGAGAAACUUAGGACAUAUUUCUUAUUUAGUCAUGAAGAGGAACUCUCAAAACUUCGAGAAGAGUUAAAUCUGGAGCAUAAAACAAAUAUUGAGAACCUGAAGGAUAAGUUAGAAAUACAAUAUAAAAAACAGAUGGAUCAGAUGCAGCGUGAAACGACUGAGACCAUCACUGCCAUGCAGGCAGAAAAAGAUUGCUUGGUAACCAAACAGAAUACUUUAAUGCUUGAAAUUUCCAUGCUGAAGGACUCUCCGCCAUUUGUCCAUGAUCCAAAGUCAGAAGAAAUGAUGAUUCAGAUUAAUGAACUGCAGAAAGAGUUGGAGUGUUUGAGAAGAGAGGAGAAAGAGAAGGGAAGUAUUGAGCAAGAGGUUCAAGUCUUACAGCUUAGAAUCGAAGUGCUUGAGAAAGAGGUGGAAGAUAAAGAUGCUCUCAAGAAAAAAAUAGCUGUUCUAGAGGUUGAUAAUAGGCUCCUUAAGGAAGAAAAUGAUGCCUUACAGAAUAUGAAAAAAGACUGUAACACUGAAAACUAUGAGAACCUCAGUAAAGUAGCCAAUUUAGACCUAAAAAAUCAGAUUGAAGUCCUCUCUUUGGAAAAUAUAUGCCUGAGGAACUUGGAGCUCCAGCUGAGAGAAGAGAUUGAACACCAGAAGAACACAUUUUCUUUCGCUGAAAAGAACUUUGAGGUCAACUAUCAUGAACUUAAAGAUAAGUAUACCUUCCUGGUGAAGGAGAAGAAUCAAUUAGAAGAUAGUAGAUCAAAGCUGGAAGAAGAGUUUAGAUUAAGGUUCAGAGCUUUAAAUGAUGAACUUGCAAACUUAAAGGGGGCUAAAAUAGUAGAGUCCCAAGUAGGUCCUUCUAAAUCAAUCAAGGCUGACGGACUCGAUGUUGGAGAAGUUGUUGAGAAAGAUACAACAGAGUUAAUGGAAAAACUAGAGAUUGCCCAACGGGAUAAGCAUGAACUGUCUCUGAAACUUUCCAGUCUUUCAGAGGAAUUACAAUUAAAACAAAAUGAAAUUAACCAGUUAAAGGAAAAGGUGAAAUCCUUAGGUUUUAAAAGGGAUCAUGGUAUGUUCGAGGAUGAAUCAUGCAUGAAACACAAAGAGAAUGUCCCAAAACCUGUCAGCAACCAUGUUCUAGUGUCAAAUGAUGGUGUUGACACUCAUGUAUUAGAAGAAAGUAUCUGUCCAAUUGAAACUCCCCACUUACAUGGAUCUCCUGAAAUUACUUAUUUGCAAAAGGAAAUUCAGGAUGUUUUAAUGGAAAAACAAUCCCUUUUACAAAGGUUGCAUGAGUUGACUGGAAAACUCGAAGCCGAAACUUCCUUGGUGGAAAGCGCACAACUGGAAAAAGAUGAUCUUCAACGAAAAGUGGAAACAGUCAUCCAGGAACAGGCUGAUCUGCUGCUGCAGCUGGAGGCACAACGUAUCAGCCUUACCCAGAUCCACAAAGCUCACCUGGAGCUGAUCGGUGAGAGCCUGCGAGCUGAGAAAGAGCAGGAGCUGCGCAGCCUGAGAGAUUCCCUGCUCGCCUCUCAGGAACAGAAGAUUCAGGAGCUGCAAGAGCUGCAUCAGCAAGAAUUGCAGAAGUGUCAGCCGCAGACAGAAGGUGAAACGUGCCAGAGCCUUACAGACAUGCUGAUGAAGAGGAUCCACAAAGAAUGUCAUCAUAUAAAUCAGGUUCUUGAGAGUCUGAUCGGUGAGGAUACAACCGAAGAGGCAGAAAUCCUGACCAGUCUUACCGACUCCAGCGCAUUGGAACGACACAGAACCGCGAUGCAAACUCUACAUGCCAACCUGAAAUCGCUUCUGGAGAGGUUUCUGAAAGAAUAUAAGCAGAUGAGAGAUCUUUCCAGUUGUAUGGAAAAGACGGGAGAUCUUCAAGCUUCAAAAGAGGGGACAGAAAUCCCUGUGGUGACACCAAUUGUGAUUCAUUCGCAAAAUUCAGCACCGAGUCAGUCAGGUACCCAGGAAGCUGUGAUUUCCCCAGUGUCUCCAUCAGAAGAUGUUGAGAGACUUAAAAUUGAGUUCAGUCAGCAUAGAGCACAGCUUGAAGAGAAGCACGCGCGAGAAAUCGAGCACCUGCGAUCAUAUUUCCAGCAACAGCUGAAGGAAAAAGAAGACCGAUUCUCUACAGAGCUAAUCCAUCGUCAGGAGAAGUUCCAGGACGUCAUGGCAGGGUCUCUGGAGAGCGGGGAGCUCUGUACAGUUGAGGGGGUGGUGGAGCUGGGGUUCGAGGAAGCUGCCAUAUUCCAGAGCGUGAUUACUCCAUCCAGCGAUGUGUUAAAGAGUGACGACGCGGCACAGAUGGGGGAUCAUUCUCUGCACCAGUCCUUCGGUCCGAUUUAUCAGCAGCUGCAGACUCUGAGGCAUGCGCUGUAUGUUAAGUAUGUAGAAGAAGUGAACGCUCUGAAGAAGCAGCAUGAAGCGGAACUGGAUCAGCUCAGAGCUGAACUGACAGACGGACACAACAAAGAGAAGGCCGCUUUGAAGCAGGAGAUCAUCCACCUGACAAACGCCAAGCAGGAAAUCCUCAAUGGCAGCUUUCAGCAGCCGCCAUUGUAUCCCAUCCCCGAGGAAAAGGAUCCCGAUGACAUCAAUCAGCUGAUGGAGGAACGUUUCCAGGAGAAGAUUGAGGAGGAGGUUGCUCGGGUUAUUGUUGAGAUGAGCAUCGCAUUUGCCCAGCAAACGGAGCUUGCACGACUGGCGUCCAUGAAGGACAGAGACCUAGCAGAGCAAAGGGAAUCCUCUGGAGAGCAGAGAGAGGUCCCUGCAGAGGAGACUGACCCGGAUGGGGAGAAGCUUUUAGAUGUGAAGUCACCAGAGCCAUCUCCAGUGCCCGACCAUGUGGAUUCAGCUGAUACGCCGUCCUCUGAUCCAGCCGAGGACCUGAUCGCCGAACAGCACGGCCAAGCGGUAGAUGCUGCUUCCGAAGACAAGACUGUGCUCCUCCGAGAAGAGGACUGCAGCCAGAUGGUGGCCAUGGGUGCAGAAAGCGCCAAGUUCAGUCACCUGUACGAGGAGAAGGUGGAGGACAUGAGACAAGAGCUGGUGCGGCAAGAACAGGAAUACCAACAAGCGACGGAGGCCCUGAGACUGGCACAUGCGGCACAGCUGGAGCGGCUGAUGUACGACCAGGAGCAGCUGCUCUCAGAGCUGCACAGGCUGCGGGAACAGCUGGCAGAGAACGCGUCGGCGAUGACCGAAAACCAGGCCACGGACAGAGAAAAGAUGCUUCUGGAGGAGCUGGAAUCCAUGAAACAGACGUAUUCCGAGGUGGCAGGGAGGACCGGGGCUCGCCCUGUGCAGGAUAGCAGCUCGCAGACGCAGGAUGAACGUCUUCCGCAGCCCGAGAGCAAAGAGCGAGGCUGGGAGUACGAGCAAGGAGAUGGAGACAGGAAGGCGGAGGAGGAGAGCCACGCCGGCGCGCACAGGAAAAGCCUGAAAAGAACAAAUAAGCACCUACUGAAGAUUCUUCUGGAGGUGGUGAAGACGACGGGCGCAGUGGAGGAGACUAUAGGGCGGCAUGUUGUUGGCCUGCUGGACAAAUCUGGAAGACGUCAGUCUACUUCCAAAGUGCAUGUCUGGAGCCCCGAGCCUGACGACCGCGACGUUGUGACUCCUUCUGCCAUCACUGUGACUGCCAGUCCUGAUGACGGUGAUGUCGGUGUUGGAGUAGAAGGUGCAGCACUUUGGUCAGUAGCAUCUGAGGAGGAGCUGGAUGUUGCCCUUCAGUUCACAGAAGAAGGAUUUUCAGGGGCAGAUCUGAGUCCUGAUGAGGAGGCUCAGAUACUUAACAUCAGCACCCGGCUCCAAGCUGCUGUGGAGAAACUCCUGGAGGCCAUUAAUGACACGAGCAACCAGCUUGCUCAUGCCAAGGUGUCACAGACAGAACUGGUGCGGGAGUCCAUCAAGAGGAAACAGGAGGCUACUGAGCUGCUCAGAUGCCAGGAAGAGCUUCAAGAAAGACUCAAUGAGGAGGCCAAAGCCAGAGAGCACUUGGCACUGGAGCUCAGCAGAGCAGAAGGCCUCCUCGAUGGGUACACAGACGAAAGAGUCUUUCUUGAAAAGCAAAUGCAGGAAAAGAACGACCUCAUCCGGCAUCUUGAACAGGAGCUGCAGAAUACAGGUAACAGAUUGCAGGAGCUGGAGCAGGAGAGGCAGCAGAUCGACGAGGAGAAGGAGCUGCUGUCCCGCCAGAAACUUGCCCUGAAAGCCGAUGCAACGCCAGCUGAGCAACGCUUAGUAGAAGCUGCAGUCGUUGCAGCUCCCGAAGAAGAGCUGCUGGAAGAGACCGAGAAGCUACUACAGGAGAAAAUCGAGGUGCAGCGUCAGGCCGAGAAGGACUCCGGGGACCUCCACAAACAAGUGAAGGUCCUGGAAGUAGAGCUGGAAGAGCAGGUGAACCGGUACAAGGAACUGGAGCAAGAGAAGAACGCUGAUCUAGAAGAUCUCCGCCAGAAGAACCUUUCCUUGGAGAAGCAACUGGAGAAGACCCGCAGAUUCUUAGAUGAACAGGCAGUCGAUCGGGAACACGAGAGGGAUGUAUUUCAACAAGAAAUCCAAAAACUAGAGCAGCAGAUGAAAAUGCCACAAAGACAUCAACCCAUGAAUGGUCACCAGAGCAAUGAGGUGGAAAAACUAGAAAGCAACCUUAAGGAAAAGACGGACAAGUGCAGUGAACUUCUGCUGUGCAAAGAGCAGCUGCAGCGAGACGUGCAUGAGCGGAACGAGGAGAUUGAGAAGCUGGAGUGCAGGAUUCGGGAGCUGGAGCAGGCUCUGAUCAUCAGCAGUGACAGCUUACAGAAGGUGGAAGACAGAAGACCCUCCAUUGUCGUGGGAUUAAGGGGAGAGAUGCCUCUCGAAGCUCAGCUGCAGGUGGAGAGAGAAGCAAUAGACCGGAAAGAGAAGGAGAUCACAAACCUGGUGGAGCAGCUCGAGCAGUUCAGGGAAGAGCUGGAAAAUAAGAACGAAGAGGUUCAGCAGCUUCACAUGCAGCUGGAGAUCCAGAAGAAGGAGGCUCACACCCGCCUGCAAGAAAUGGAGCAGGAGAAUAAAGUGCUAAAGGAUGAAGUGGAAAACACACAACUUGAACAUCCGGAAACUCUCUCUUCUAAACUGCUUCAUCCCAAACCUGGAAAAACGGAGGAGUUGUUGCUGUUGAAAGACCAGGAAAUCGACCACCUCAAUGAGCAAAUAGGAAAACUGCAGGCACAACUGGAGGCAGCAACAGAUAAUAAGGUGAUUGAAGAGAAAAAUGGACAAAUUAAGGCAUAUAAAAGCCUGAUUAAAUGCUUGAAGAGUGACCAGGAGCAGCUGAAAAAGAACAGCGAAGAGGAGAUCGAAAAGCUGAAUGAAGUCAUAGAUAAACUGCAAGAAGAGUUGUCUCGUAUAGAGCAGAAAGUCACUGUGGACUUCACUGAUAAACACCAAUAUGAAGACAAUAUGGCUGACAAGAAAGGGAUUUUACAGCCAGUGAUUGGUCAAGGAGAUGCUUCAUUUAUGAAUAUGGAAGAAGAGGAUGCAAGUAAACCACUGGUGAACAAUAUGGUGGUGGAGCGUGAGAACGCCUUUAACACCGAAAGGAGGAACGAGAUCUCCGCAGUCUCCUCAAAGCAAUUGUCUGAGCCCUUACCGGAGGACAUGCAAGCUACUCUGCAGAAUAUGGAGUCCAAAUUGAAAGAUAUGAUGGACGUUAUUAAAAGUAAGGAUGAGCAAAUUAUAAUGCUGGAGAAGGAAACGCUAGUCAUAAAAGAUCUGAAAGAGACCAUUAAAAAAUAUCAGAUUGAACUUGAAGACAAUAAGCAAAAAUCUACAGAUAUGGAAAGUUCUGUUAGCCCCAAAAAACUCAACCUACCUAAAAAAACUGAAGGAAGUAAUGCUGAGGAAAUGCCCCUGAACAAGGAGAUGGUUGUGGCCAAGCCUGAAAUGCAACAUGUAGAAGAACUUGAAAAUAAUUUGGAGUCUUCAGAAAACCUUGUGAAGAAGAAUAGAGAUGACAAAGUCAAUACUGAGAAGUUGACUGAAGAAUUAAGAGAGCGAACUGCUCAGUACGUGGCUGUUGAGGCUUUGCUUGUGUCUGUGCAAGAGGCUUCCAAGGAUGCAAUACAGCGACUUGAGAUUCAGUUGCAAGAUCUGCAGACAACCCUCCAUGAGAAAGAGUCACAGCUCAUCAAGGUGACAAAUGCAUCUUCCCUCCUUGAAAACCAAGAAAUAGAGCGGCUAAAUGGUGUGGUCGAAAUUUUACAACAGAAAUUGACAGAUGCCGAGAGAAUGGUCAAGGAAGCAAAGGAAAGUCAAAGGGAAACUUUAAUCGAAAGCACUGAAAUUCUUCGGCAGGAGGUAGACCAAGAUGAGGGUGAGCUGGCUAGGAUGAAAGCAGAACUGGAGACAACUAGAAAGGAGAUGGCCCUGUUGGAAACAGAGUUGGAAAAGCACAGAUUGUUGCAAAGGCCUAUAGACGUAAAGAACAGCGAGGAAUCUAAGAAAAUUGAAAGCAGAGUAGAAGAGACCUCAGUAACUGAUCUAAAACAAACAGGAAUACUUUGGCAGAAGAUAGACCAAGAUGAGGGUGAGCUGGCUAGAAUGAAAGCAGAACUCGAGAAGACUAGAAUAGAGAUGGUCUUAUUGGAAAAAGAGCUGGAAAAUCACAAAUUGUUGAAAAGCCCUAUACAUGUAGAGAACAUCGAGGAAUCUCAAAAAAUUAAAGGGUCUCCAGUGACUGAAAUAGAACAAACUUUGUCCAAAAAGACAAUGGAGUCAUCAGAAGAAACUCAGGUUCUGACUACAUCCAUGGAUGAGACCAUCAUUACUACAAUAAAGAGCAUGGAGUUACAGAUACAAGAGCUUCAAAAUGUUAUACAUCUUAAAGACGCAGAGUUAUUGCUGUAUGUGAAUCAGAAAGACUUGCUCGACCAGCAAGCGAAAGAGAUCAAACAACUGAAGAAGGUUCAGGAGGAUCUGACCAAAGAAAAGCAGGAAAUGUCAAUGUAUUCUGACAUCACAACGAAGGAACAGGUACAAAAAAGCCCAGAUGGUGGUGAUGCCUUACAAUCAGAACUUGAGGACACUAAAAUUGAAAAUGCUUUGUUAAAAGAAGAACUAGAAAAGUUUAAAAACAUCAAAACAAAAGAUGUUAUGAGUCGAGCACAACACCAAGAUGCCUCAAUAGAAAAUGAGGAAAGUGUUCUUCAAAUAGAAGCGGGGAACACCUUGACUACUACAAAUGACAUGGAACUACAUGUGCAACAGCUCCAAAACAUCAUAAAUCUCAAGGAUGCAGAAUUGUUGCAGUGUGAGAUUCAGAAGGACCUGCUCAACCAACAAGAAAAAGAGAUUGAAGAGCUGAAGGUGGUGAUUAGAGACUUCUCAAAAGCUGAGAUGAAAGUCACAAUGGAUUCUGGUGCCACAACAAAGGACGGGGAAAGUCAAACAAGCCAUAUACCAACUGUUACAGAAAACAGAGAAGUCCAAAAAGAUCAUGAUGACAACAAUGUUGUGCAAGCAGAACUUGAAGAAACCAAAAUGGAAGUGACUAGGUUAAAGAAAGAACUAGAGAAGCAAAAAGAGUAUAAAUUACAUGAAGACGUGAAGAUGGAAGGCGACCUGAAAGCAGAGUUUAAUGAGAGGGCUAAAGAGCAAGCGCAAAGGGUAAAGCAAACAGAGCCUUUGGUCAACCAAGCAUUGUGGACAUCCACAGAGGAGACCACACAAAAUAUUAUCCACAACAUGGAGUCGCAGUUACAAGAGCUUCAAAAUGUUGUACAACAGAAGGAUUCGGAAUUAAAGCAGUAUCUAAACCAACAAAACCUAGUAAACCAGCAAUCAGCCGAGAUUGAACGACUUCAUGAUGUGAUUGAAUCACUAAACCAACAACUGGGAGAAGCUGAGCUGAAGAAGUCCUCUAUAGCCAAGUUGGAAAGUGAAGAUAAUGAGAAGGAAUUGAGACAGCUGAUGAAUGGUGAGACCACUGUCUCCAAUUCAGUAGAUGGAAAGGAAGACUCAAGGCAAUUACUAAGGGCCAAGGACAAUAUAGACGGCCAAGUUUCUUCACAAAGCAAGUCUACUGGCGAUGAAACUCAUGAUGUUGAUGGUGUAGAGGAAGCACUGAGAGAUAAGACUGCACAGCACUUAGCAAACCAAGUCUUGCGCACCUCUGUAGAGGAGAUGAUGCAGAACACAAUAGACCUCAUGGAGUCUGAGGUGCAGGAAAUACAAAAAGUUAUUACAGAGAAAGACUUGGAAAUUUUGCUCUAUUUAGAAGAGAUCGAAACACUAAGAAAGCAGGUCAAAGCCGAAAGCGAUCAACACGGUCAAAUGAUGUUGGCCAUGGAGGACACACUCAGGGAAAAAGUGGCUGCAGCUCUUGUGAGUGACGCCCAGCUUAAAGCCGUCCAAGCACACACUAGACAAUUGCGUGAGGUUGAUAGACCUGGCAUGAUGGAGGAAGAAGCGCAGAUUCAUAUUUCUAAAUCUUCAAUGGGGGAGGAAGCGGACGCAAAAUUGUCUGCACUCUCUUUGAGACUGUUAGAGCUGGAGAAGCAGCUGUCCGACCUCCAUGAGCAGCUACAUGUGGAACGGGAACAGGUUUAUAUCGCAAAUCAACAAGCAGAAGAGAAGCAGAGACAACUCCAAGAACUGCAGCACGUCUUGGAGACAAGUAGAGGGAAUAUGUAUGUAAACCGGGCCGAGGGUGAACCGAACACUGUGGACUCUGCACUAUCCCAGAGAAGGGUUAAACCGCCUGUGGGCAACACUGUGACCGAUCUGGAAAACAUGCUGCAAAGUAUUAAAGAAGAAGCGACAGCUACCAAAGAAGAGCUGUGCCAUUACCGAGAGGUGGUCGAGAAGCUGAAAGAGGAGCUAAUGGUCAAAGAAUCCAACUUGGCACACCUCGAGGAAGACCUCCGGGAGGUGAAGAAAUGUCUUGCUCAUGCCGAGCAGAAGUUGGCGUUUUACAUGAAGAAGGAACUUCAAGAAGAGGAAGAACAAGCCAUGUCGGGUGGAGAUUUCUCAGAUAGUGUGAGAAGCCCAGGAUGGACCACCAGGGACAGGUCCACUUCAUCAUCAUCACAGACCGACAUAGUCCCCAGUGUUAACAACGGCAACCAGACCUCACGGGUCCGCCACAAGCACAUAGGAGUCCAGAAAGAGCUGGCGUUCGCGCGCCUGAGCCACCCGUCCGAGGAAGUGGCCGAAAUUAUGGAGCGCUACACGGAUAAAAUCGGCCAGAUGCAAGAUCUCCACGCGGCCGAGAUCCUUGACAUGGAAGCCAGGCACAUCAGUGAAGCCGACACUCUGAGGAGGGAGCAGUAUGCUGUCGUCCAAGCGCUUACUAAUGAAUGUGAAGCUCUGAAGGCCGUCAUUGAGGCCUUGAAAUCCUCAGGUGGAGCCGUUCCAGAUUCUGCUCUGUCUCCGUCAUAUCACCUCACAGACGCCGCCUUCAGUGAUUGUGAUUGGAGUCAAGGAACCUGUGACGCUCAGAGUAUUGACCAACUCCAAGAAGGACUGAGAGUGGAAGAUGAGAUCCCAGAAGAGUUCAUUCCAAGCAAGAUUAAGGACUUGUUACGAGCCGUCCAUCAGGAAGGGAUGCAGGUCUUGUCGCUGACAGAAGCCACCAGCCCCGAGAAGGAGAAACCUUUUACGAUCAAGACCCAGCCCUGGCGUGAGGAAAGAAAAACCUUAAUAGACACCAUCGCAUCCUUGAAGGAUUUGAUUGCAAAAAUGCAGAUUUUCAAGGAGCCAGAGGUUCACGCAGGGCCAGAUUUUCAUGAGCGGAGCCCGGACUGGAGAGGAGAGCUGCUCCGAGCUAUACAGGAGGUUUUCUGUAGGGAGCAGGACGUUCUUCUGUCAGCUUUCCAUACUCAGUUGUCUGCGCUGAGCAAUUGUGAUGCCACAGCCCUGGUCAAUCAAAUGCAGCACCAACUGCAAGAACAGGGCAUGGAGCAUAUCAACGCCAUGGACUGUAUACAGAAUGCCGAGCGGCGGAGUUUAUUACUUGAGAUUCAGGAUCUCCGGGCGCAGUUGACCAGUUUGCAUAUUGACCCCAAUAUCGAUUCAUUUCAUCACACUGAAGGGGCUGCUGUCUACAUGCCCCAGGAUUCAUCCUCACUUCACCAAGAAAUGCACGUUCAGCUCAACAGCAUGAAGGCGAUAGCCAAAGUGCUACAGGAACAGCUAGGCUCGGAGAGGCUCCUGUCAGCAGAAUUCAAGAAUGAACUUGCGCGAACCAAGAUGGAACUUGAAUCGACCCUCAAGCUGCAGCAGAAGCACUUUAAAGAACUCGAGUCUCUCAGGAUGCAACUAAAGACGAGAAGAGACGAACUGGACAGCGUUAACGAUGCCCUGGCUAACGAACAACGGAAAACCAGAGAGCUGCAGUGGGCUCUGGAGAAAGAGAAGACCAAGGCCGAGUGCCAUGAGCAGCAGGAGAAGGAAGAGCUGGAGGACCUCCGAUUUCUUUUCGAAGCGCAGAAGACCAAGACUGUUGAGAUCAGCAAGCAUUUGGAGGAGGAGCGGCUGCUUGUGAAGAGUCUCCAAGAGCAGUUAGCCUCCAAGGAAAGUCUACACGAGGCCGCACUUUCCCAAGAAAGAAGCAAAGUGUCUGAACUCCAAGUUUUCUUGGCCGCUGAAAGGACUCGUUCUAGCGAGCUGUCCAGUGCCCUGCAAUGCAAACAAGGAUUGGAGGCGCGUUUGCAGACCGCAGAGGCAACUGGACUGUCAGAAGCACACAACCCAACCGAGGAGCUGCUGAGAGAUCUGCAGGGUCAGUUAGAUAGCAAACAUAACCGCAUGAUAGAGCUAGCGACUGAGGCCGAGAGGUACAAGCUGGAAAGUGUCCAACUGAGGCAGCACCUGGAGCAGGAGAGACAAAAACUGCUCAAAGAGUUAGAAGCAGAGAAAGAAGCCGCAAAACUUAAAGAGAAACAGGCGGAGAAACUGAAGUCUAUGGUGGAGGAGCUUCAGCAGCAGAUAAAGGGCAAAGAAGUGGAGAUCAGGAGACUCCAGACAGAGGAGAAACACCUAAAAGAGACUAUUAAGAAUCUCCAGAAGAGUGAAAGAACCCAAAAAAGUGACUCUGAUAGGGCCGAGCUCUCAGAAAGUUGUGCCACAGAUGAAACCUCCGCUGAUCCGGCAAGAAGUGAGAUCUAUCCACCAACAGGAAGUGUCCCAAAUGUUUUGUGCCCUGAUCCUUUCAGUACAGUGAAUGGGGAUCCCAGUGCGGAGGGGGCUGCGUUCAGCAUAGACAGCAUCAGACGGAGGCUCCAACAGGUCUCUGCUAAACUGAAACAGCUGGAGGCCAAGGCCACUCGAAGGGCGACGUUUGAAGCCACGGACGAUAACGAUUUUGCUUGGUCGCAAAACGCCAUACAAGAGGUAGUGUCCCAGCUGGAGCGCGUGUCCAUGUUGUCACUCCAAGGGCAGAAUUUAGUGUUACCCCCAGGCAUUUCGGCGAACACCCUGACAGAUAAGCUGCUGACGCAGAACGCAGAGCUGACCGGUUACGUGAGCAGAUUAACAAACGAGAAGAACGAUCUGCAGAACACCUUACUGAGGCUGGAGAGGGAGAUCUCCUAUCACAGGGCGAGAGAAGGCUCCGCAGACCAUUCCACUUGGGGUCAUGCCACGAACAUCAGUUCCUUCACAGAAGAAAGAGAGGCCUGGACCAGAGAGAAGCUGAACCUGCACAAGUCUCUGAAGAAAACGGAGGCCGAGCUUUCCAAAGUGAAGGCUGAGCUGAGGAACGAAACCAUUCAGAGAGACCUCGGGCGGGACACAGACAAUGCCGCCCUGAAGAGAGUGUAUGGAAAAUACCUGCGGUCGGAGAGCUUCAGGAAAGCCUUGGUGUACCAAAAGAAAUAUCUCCUGCUGUUACUGGGGGGAUUCCAAGAGUGUGAGGAGGCCACGCUAGCGCUCAUUGCCCGGAUGGGCGGCCAGCCGACCAACACUGACCUGGAAGUUAUCACCAAGCACUCCAGGGCCUUCACUCGCUUCCGUUCCGCUGUUCGUGUGGCAAUAGCCAUAUCCAGGAUGAAAUUUCUGGUGAGACGCUGGCAGCGACCUAUUAGUCCUAUUGCAGGCACCGCUAACCGCAAUGGAUUUGGGCAAAUUGCAGGAUAUGAGGCGAGGACGGAUUCCCCGUACCAUCCGGCUGGCAGUGUUGACAUGUAUGGGGACCAGAGGCUUUCCUCGUGUCGCUCCCGAUCUGGCUUUGAUUCCCCACAGUCCACUGUGAAUUCCCAACACAGAUAUGCGUCUUCUGAUCUGAGUACCUGCUCCCCCCUUCAGAAUUACGACCCCGAUCGAGCACUCACAGACUACAUAGCGCGGCUUGAGGCCUUACAGAAACGAUUAGGAAGCACGCCGUCAGCAGGGUCGACUGCACACAGCACAACUCACUACAGUAUAAGAAGAUAAUGUCCCUCUUGCGAUACUUGAAUGGCCUUUUGUACCGUGCGCUGCUUCCGUUUAGCCGUAUUGUGCUUCUUGUGGGACCAACAUCCGCCCAUAGAAGAAUCGGACACAAGACCCCACAUCAGGCAGUGUGGAUCUCUGUAUAUCAGCUUUUUGUGUUAUAUAUUUUUUUUUUUUGUAAUCAGCCGUCGAUCGACCUGUACAUUAUGUGGAUUUCUAAUUUAAAUGAUUAACUUAUACGUAUUUAUCAAGGGGGUGAAAGGAACUUUUGUGUAUCAUGGAACUGGAAAGGACUCUUCUGAAAACAUUUGCUACCGGCAUUGCGGAUUGAACAUAUCAUAUGUAGAGACCUAUUUUUGUAAUGGUAGAAGUUUUGAAUUUUAUGGGUAUUUUGUCAAAGUUCUGAAAUAAAUUUCAUCAUUUUAACAUUUUGA